AUGGAGGCCCCCGGCAGCGCGCAGGGCCCCAAGGCUGAGCUGAGCCAGCGCCACCAGGAGAUGCGAGCCCUAGUGGGCCUGCAAGGUGCUGCCUCGGGCUGCUUGGGGACAGGGGCGUCCCAGCCCCCUCGUCCUGCACGGUACCAUCGGUACAAUCUGCCUGAUGUCCCCCAGAGCAAGGCGGGGAAGAUUUUCACUCAAUCCUGCGAGGAAAAGCUCCGGCAGAACAGGGAGCUGCUCCCCACCCUGCAGGCGGCCUUGCAGGAGGAUUCCAAUAUCCUGAAAUUUGUCCUGAAGCACAACAAACUCCCCAUUAAGGAUGCUUUUGGAGAGGGGCAGGAGCUCGUUUCAGCCACUGAGAGCCUGGAGCCUGGAAAAUGGUGUCAUGCCCAUCAGGUGGUCAUAAAGAAGAUCGAGGCCAAAGUCCACGAGCAGGUGAAGGUGUGUGACAUGCUACUGCACCAGCUGAGGCAGUGGAGCCAAGCCAGGGAUGAGCGCCAGAGGCGCCUGCAGGAGCUGCAGGAUGCUGAGAUGGAUCCUAAGUGGCAAGAGCCACAACUGCAGACCAUUCGCCAGCUGGGCAAUGACAUUGAGAAGAUGCUCAUGAAAAUUCGCAGUGGAGAGAUUGUGACCAACCUGUACCUGAGGCUGCAGGAGGUCCUAAGGAGGGUGAGCCUGUCCUCACUGGGCACUGUCUCACUGGCUCUCCCUGCAGAGGCGCAGGGUGCCCAAGGGGCUGUGUCCCAGGGCACACCCUGCUGAUCCCCUCU